UGAUUUCGAAAAAACAUAUAUCCAAUGAGACUUUUUUUCCAUGCCAAGUCAAAGAGACGAGAUUGCCAUUUCUGAUCGAUCACUGCAUGCGUGGCAUCUGAUUCCCAGACACCAAGAACAGAGAAUACAGAAAGAGCGAAAAAAAGUUCUCUCUUUUCUCGCCCACUCGAUCUUCUCUCUUCUCUCUUCAAGGUCGUAUCAUCUUCUCGACAGCUUUAAAAGUCCGAGACAACACAUUGUGGAAACGCACACGAGAAGAUCAGAAGCAGAUUUCAAAUGCAAGUUUAAACUGAGACAUAGAGAAACAUCUGAUUCUGGUGACGUCAAAUUUGAAGCUGAACUGAGGGACAGAGAGAUCCAAUUAGUGUUUCAGCAGAUUCAAGUUUGUUUGUUGAUUACCGUAACAAGACUCGGAGGUUUUGAAACACAAAGUUAUAUAAAACCCAGAAUUAAUAACGUUGUGUGUGGAGCUACAAAUCAAAACUACAACUUCACACAUUACAAUGUAAGCAGAGCCAAGGCUUCACCUUCUGACGAAGCACCCACAAAGGAAGUCAGGCUUUAUCAAGACCAAAGGAAAAAAAAAAUGGCUUCUUGGAAUUCAGUCCCACUACAUGUCUCAUAUGAAGUCCUGGGUUGGCUCACUUUUAUUUGCUGGUCUAUCAGCUUUUACCCACAAGUUAUCUUGAAUUAUCGCAGGAAAAGCGUUGUGGGAUUGAACUUUGAUUUUGUGCUAUUCAAUCUCACUAAGCACUCAUCCUAUCUAUUCUACAAUGCAUCUCUGUUCUUCAGCCCUGCUGUUCAGAAGCAAUACAGAAACAAAUUCGGUCAAAAGGAGAUGAUACCUGUAGCAGCAAAUGAUGUUGCUUUCUCAUCCCAUGCUGUUCUGCUUACUGCAAUUUCCUUGUUCCAAAUUGCUAUAUAUGAUCGCGGAAAUCAAAAAGUGUCCAGAAUAGCUCUUGGAAUUGUGUCUACUGUUUGGUUAGUUGCUGCAAUCUGCUUCUUUGUAACUCUCUCUACACACCAUUGGCUCUGGCUGCUCACUGUAUUCAAUGGCAUUCAAGUUUGCAUGACGGUUAUAAAAUAUAUCCCCCAGGCUGUGAUGAACUAUAAAAGAAAAAGUACAGAAGGCUGGAGCAUUACUAACAUUCUGCUAGAUUUUUCUGGAAGCGUUGGAAACUACACACAAAUGGUUUUGCAAUCAGUAGAUCAAGGUUCUUUGAUGAACUUCUAUGGAAAUAUAGGAAAAUUAAUGCUGUCUCUGGUUUCUGUAUUCUUUGACAUUGUAUUCAUGAUCCAGCAUUAUGUUCUAUAUCGGCACAAAAAAGAUCCAAACUCAAAGCCUCCUCUUGAAAUUGAGAUUGCCAAGUCUACUGACAGACAAGUGGCACAAAAUGUCUAGGAUUUGUGGUAGUUCAGAAGUCAGCUUUGAGUGAGAUCAUUCUUCAUAAAUGGUUAACCCAUAGUUCCAAGUCGAUGUUUAGAAUGGCUUUUAUGUUGUAAUAAUGUGGGGGAUCAUUCCCUUGUAUUAAUUUUUACGUUUCACAAGAGUGAUUGACCAGGGUUAAAAGUA